AUGACCACACAGAGGACCAAGAUACAUGAGGAACGGGUCGUCUGGGAUUUUCCUAUUGAAGCAGUCUGGAGCUUGGUCUCCAGCUUCGGGGCGAUACAGGCUUGGAUGCCCUCAAUAACGUAUUGCGCCGUUGACGGGCACGGAGUUGGCGCUACUCGAACGGUCAUAGGACUAGCAGGGGAAGUAAAAGAGACUCUGGAAGUUCUGGACGAUAAGGAGCAUUUUAUCUCAUAUCGCAUCAAGGACCCUGUUCCUUUACCUGCCAAGGGCGGAUUCGGGAGCUGGAAACUGGAAAGCAAGGGCGAAAACAAGACUACGAUAGUUUGGACAGCAGAUGCUGAGGAGGUGGCGGUGGAGGCCAUCCCUGAACUCCAAAAGGUUUACGAGCCCUUUAUGAAAGACUGUUUAGCCGGGCUGAAAAAAGCACUGUCAUAA